AACAAACCCUUCCUUGACAUCUGUAUAUAAAAGCUCAUCUCCUCACUCUCUCUCUCUCCGCGUUCUACUAAAAUAAAAGUGAAGCGCCUUCCUCAGGAUUUUCCCGAGUGAGUUUCGCUUUCCUCCGAGAAAAUUUCAGACUUAAAUUUUCCGGUGAGUUUUUCUUCCUCUCUUUACCUAUUUUUUUUCUUACUAAUUCGUUGAACCCAUCGAUUCUCGUGACAUUACCUUUCCACUAUCCGAUUUGCCAUCUUCAAUGAUUCAAUCUCAAGAUAAUUAGUGGAUUCAAUUUCUCUUAUGAUUUACAGGAAUCUAAUAAGGAGAAGCCAUUGUUGAAGAAACUAGUCUCUCUGUUUCGAAUCUUCAAAUUCAGAUUCAAUAUCUAUCAGGAAAAUUUCGCAUGGGGGUGAAAGUAGCUUCUUCGUCUACUUUCCUUCAAUGGACUACUCAGCCUAUUAUUCAUCAGUCUUCUUCACCAUCUCAAACCCUAGCUUCGGGAACCAUAACAUCUCCUUCAAAACGACGUAGCACAGUACACGACGGCCGGUUUCUAUCAUGUCGUUUCGUGACACAGAGACUAAACCGUUCGGCUCUUUUCGGAACUCCGUCGACGAAGCUUCAUCGACCCAAGUCAUGUGAGCUAUGGAAAUCAUCAUCAUCAUCAUCUAGACCGAUCAAAACUCAGUCGUUUCGAAGAGUUUAUAGCGCAAACUUAGAUCCAUUCUCCGACGAAGAGUUCUCGAAAAAAAUCCAAGAGCUAACUCUCAGAUUCAAUAUCCCACACCAUGACGACGACGAGAAUUCAAUCGAGCCGCCAUGGAACGAGAUGGUUCAUUUGUCGAGUAUUGAAAUGAAAGCAAACAGUGUUGAUCUUCCUCUUUCACUUCGUAUUAUAAAGAAGAAACGUCAAUGGGAAGAAGGAGUUAAACAAGCUGGUGAAUCUGCGUGUUGCUCGAUGAAUAAAGCUUUUUCUUCAAUGGUGUUUAUGAUACGGGAGCUUCAGAGCUUUACUUUACAUAUGAGAGAGAUUCUGUUCUACGAAGACUUGCAAGAGAUUUUGCUAAGAGUUAGAGAAGAGAUGCAACAAUCUUUCGUUUGGUUGUUUCAACAAGUUUUCUCUGCUACUCCUACGUUGAUGGUUUAUGUUAUGAUUCUCUUAGCCAAUUUCACUGUUUAUUCUAUCGGUAACAACAGCUCCGCUUUAGCCGCUGUUGCUCCUCUUCCUCCGACGAUUACGGAGUUAACAACUGUUAGUGAAACAGAGGAAACAAACGUGAAGUUUGAUUCCUCGGUGGUGAAAACGUUCUUUGUAUCAUCUCCUAGUGGGAGUAUAGCUUCAGUUGGUGGUAACAACAAUGGCGGCGGUGGAAACGUCAAGCCGGUGUUAAGCGGAACUGACGGUGAUGGAUCCGAUGGAUCAGAACAGUUCAGAACAAUCAUACCCGAAGGAGUUUCUCAAUUGUCAUCAUCGAAUUUCGGGUCAGAGCCGUCAGUAUCGGGACAAGAUGAACAUAGAUUGUGGAAUUCGAUGGUGGAGGAAGCAGAACGAAUGCAGUAUUCAAAUAUUGACGAUUCGUUGGAUCAGGAGACGAGGAAGCGGUUCGUGUCUCAUGUAGAGGCUCGAGUAGAAGCAGAGGAAGACACUGGUUACUUCAAAACAGAGCUAAUGUAUCAAACAGAACUGUCUCAAGAGCCUAAUAAUCCUCUACUACUCGCUAACUAUGCUCAGUUCCUUUACCUCGUCUCUAAUGACCAUGACAGAGCGGAAGAGUAUUUCAAGAGAGCGGUAGGAGUGGAACCGAAAGAUGCAGAGGCGUUUAGCAAAUAUGCGACGUUCUUAUGGAGAGCACGGGACGAUCUUUGGGCGGCUGAGGAGACUUUCUUAGAAGCAAUUGAUGCCGAUCCGACCAACUCUUACUACGCCGCUAAUUACGCCAAUUUCUUGUGGAAUACCGGCGGUGAUGACACGUGUUUCCCUCUUGAUGACGAGUCUCAUGAAGACACCAUUUAGAUAAGAAUGUGCACCAUCAAAGUCUCUCUAUAUAAAAUAUUGUAUACAAUAAGUACAACUAAUGAAUAUACACAUAUGUGCAUACCAUUAAUGUAUUAUGUAUAUGCAUGUUUGUCACCAAGGCUCGGUGGGUAAAAGAGUUAUAUAAUACUUAUGGUUGCGAUCAGUCUAGAGAAAAGGAAGAAAAUAUCUUGGUUUGGUGGUAGUUGAGGCACGUGAUUAUAGCGCAUGAGAUCGAACCUGAUCUCACCGCCUUCAUGAGUUAUGACUCAUAACUUAUGAAUCUUCGGUUGGGCCUAUGUCGUGGAACCAAGUGUGUUUACUGUACACUUUUCUUUUUUAUUGGUUUGC